AUGAAUAGAGGGCCUCUUCCUUCAGGAGCUGAUCAACUGAUAGCAGUCCAUCAACUGAUAGCGAUAACAUGCUUCCUGUUAAGAGAGUGGGAGUUGUCGCCCACUUGCAGGACUGCAGGAGCUGCAGGCAAGCAGGAGGGGGCAGCGGCGGCCCCAGCUGGGCUCUGGAGGCCAACGCCAGGUAACAUACCUUCAGAGUCCGCGACUAGGAAGGUAGCCCUUCUAUCAUUCCCCUUCCUUGGAGCCCAGAAGAUCCUUUUCUACUAUUAUAGAAAAUAUCCCCUAAAUCAAGACUUCGGACUUGCAGAGUUUUAGCCGCUAUUCCUCUUAAGAAGCUACUGCGCCCUCCAGCGGAAAAUUGGUGGCGGAACACCAAACGGGCGCCACAUCCUACCGGACACCUUAAAAUCCUCCUUAAGAAACUCCCAAUCACCGGCCCCGCCUCCUCACGGAGUCCCGCCCCCGGCGCGACCUCGUUCUGUGGCACCGAUUGGCUGGCUCCUGUGCGUGAAGACGUUGCGUCGCGGGGCGGGGCGGAGGAGCGUUGUCCGUAGGGCCUGAGCCGUGUGUCCUCGGCCGCCGCCCCCGCUACUGUGCGUAUCCGCCCCUAUCCUACCUUCGGAGGGUACAGGCGACAGCCGGGCCCUGGGGUGGCAGCGCGGCCACCAAACGUCUCCGUCGAGCUGUCUUUCUGGUUGGCGGCUCUUCUCGGCUUGGUCCAGGUCGGGGGGUGGAAAAUGGCGCCGGCGCUACAAGGCGUCCAGGAGGAGCCGCUGCUGGAUUGUCGGUCCACACCACUUUCCCGGCUCCUUUUCCUCGCCCAGGCUGCCCUCCUCUUGCUGCCGGCCGCUCGGGCAGGCCUUUGCCCCGCGCCCUGCUCCUGCCGCAUCCCUCUGCUGGACUGCAGUCGCAGGAAACUACCAGCGCCGAGCUGGAGGGCGCUGUCGAGCCCGCUGCCCCCCGACGCUGCCAGCUUGGAUCUGAGUCAUAAUCGGUUGUCUAACUGGAACAUCAGCUUGGAAUCUCAAACAUUACAAGAAGUGAAAAUGAAUUAUAAUGAACUAACAGAAAUCCCUUAUUUUGGAGAACCAACCUUUAAUAUUACUCUACUCUCAUUAGUCCAUAAUAUAAUCCCAGAAAUAAACGCAGAAGCAUUUCAGUUUUACCCUGCCCUCGAGAAUUUAGAUCUCAGUUCAAAUACAAUAUCAGAAAUCAAGACCUCUUCAUUUCCUCGAAUGCAGCUUAAAUACCUAAAUUUGAGUAAUAAUAGGAUAACCAUCUUGGAGGCUGGUUGCUUUGAUAAUUUAUCCAGUUCCUUACUAGUGGUAAAGUUAAACAGGAACAGAAUCAGCAUGAUUCCACCCAAGAUUUUCAAGCUACCUCACCUCCAGUUCUUGGAACUUAAAAGAAAUAGGAUUAAAGUGGUGGAAGGUCUGACAUUCCAAGGGCUUGACUCCUUAAGAUCUUUGAAGAUGCAGCGGAAUGGUAUUAGCAAACUUAAGGAUGGAGCUUUUUUUGGCUUGGAUAACAUGGAAGAAUUAGAACUGGAGCAUAAUAACCUUACAGAAGUGAACAAGGGGUGGUUGUAUGGCUUGCGAAUGUUACAGCAGCUGUCUGUGAGCCAGAACGCUGUUGAAAGAAUCAGCCCUGAUGCAUGGGAGUUCUGCCAAAGACUAUCUGAACUUGAUUUGUCCUAUAACCAGUUGACCCGCCUGGAUGAAUCUGCCUUUGUGGGUCUGAGCUUACUGGAGAGACUGAAUUUAGGGGACAACAGAGUCACUCACAUUGCUGAUGGUGUAUUUAGGUUUCUUUCCAAUCUCCAGACACUAAACUUAAGAAACAAUGGAAUUUCAUGGGCCAUAGAAGAUGCUAGUGAAGCUUUUACUGGACUUACAAGUCUCACUAAAUUAAUCUUACAAGGAAAUCAAAUUAAGUCAAUUACAAAGAAAGCAUUCAUUGGUCUUGAAUCCCUUGAGCAUCUCGAUUUGAACAACAAUGCUAUAAUGUCUAUCCAAGAAAAUGCUUUUUCUCAGACUCGCUUGAAAGAACUGAUUCUGAACACAAGCAGUUUACUCUGUGACUGCCAUUUGAAGUGGUUGCUUCAGUGGCUGGUUGAUAAUAACUUCCAGCGUUCUGUGAAUGUAAGCUGUGCACACCCUGAAUGGCUAGCAGGGCAGAGCAUCCUGAAUGUGGACCUGAAAGAUUUUGUCUGUGAUGAUUUUCUCAAGCCACAGAUAAAAAUGCAUCCUGAAAAUACAAUUGCUCUUAGAGGCACGAAUGUGACUCUGACGUGCACUGCAGUGAGCAGCAGUGAUUCACCCAUGUCUACCAUGUGGCGCAAAGACAGUGAAAUCCUGAAUGACAUCGAUAGUGAGAAUUUUGUUCGUUAUCAGCAGCAAGCCAGAGAAGCUCUAGAAUAUACGAGUGUCUUACAUCUUUUCAAUGUGAAUUUCACAGAUGAAGGAAGAUAUCAGUGCAUCGUUACUAAUCACUUUGGUUCUAAUUAUUCUCAGAAAGCCAAACUGACUGUGAAUGAGAUGCCAUCUUUCCUGAAAACACCAAUGGAUCUCACUAUUCGCACUGGUGCCAUGGCCAGAUUAGAGUGUGCUGCAGAGGGGCACCCUGCACCUCAGAUUUCCUGGCAGAAAGAUGGUGGCACUGACUUUCCUGCGGCUCGAGAAAGACGCAUGCAUGUCAUGCCCGAGGAUGAUGUCUUCUUCAUUGCCAACGUGAAAAUAGAAGACAUGGGAAUCUAUAGCUGCAUGGCACAAAAUAUAGCUGGAGGCCUCUCAGCAAAUGCCUCACUCACAGUAUUAGAGACACCCUCAUUUAUCAGACCCCUGGAGGACAAGACAGUAACGCGAGGUGAAACUGCAGUAUUACAGUGCAUAGCUGGAGGGAGUCCUGCCCCUCGCCUCAACUGGACCAAAGAUGAUGGGCCCCUGCUGGUGACUGAACGGCACUUUUUUGCUGCAGCCAACCAGCUUCUCAUCAUUGUCGAUGCUGGCCUGGAAGAUGCUGGGAAAUACACCUGCAUUAUGUCUAACACCCUUGGGACAGAACGUGGUCACAUUUACCUGAAUGUCAUUUCAUCCCCCAACUGUGACUCUUCCCAGAGUAGCAUUGGGCAUGAAGAUGAUGGCUGGACCACAGUUGGCAUCGUCAUCAUUGUUGUGGUCUGCUGUGUUGUGGGCACCUCUUUGAUCUGGGUCAUUGUUAUUUACCACAUGAGAAGGAAGAAUGAAGACUAUAGUAUCACGAACACAGAUGUCUCUUUUACAGAGGAACUUAAUCUGCCUGCAGACAUUCCCAGCUACUUGUCUUCCCAAGGAACACUGUCGGAGCCACAGGAAGGCUACAGCAACUCUGAGGCAGGCAGUCAUCAGCAACUCAUGCCUCCUGCCAAUGGAUAUUUACACAAAGGCGCUGAUGGUGGCCCUGGUACCCGGGUUAUUUGCUCCGAUUGUUAUGACAAUGCCAACAUCUACUCCAGGACCCGAGAAUACUGUCCGUACACCUAUAUUGCUGAGGAAGAUGUUCUAGAUCAAACACUGUCCAGCCUCAUGGUCCAGAUGCCCAAAGAGACAUAUUUGGCACAUCCUGCCCAAGAUGCCCCUACCCUGGAGAGCCUGGUGUCAUCAGCAGACAGAGAGAUGGCUGCCUUUUCCACCAACCAUGAGAGGAUAAAUGAGAAGAAACUUCCCUCCAUACAGAUGAGCAGUGAAACGUUGCCGCGGCCUCUUUGGAACAUAAGCAAAGAACUAGGCCUGCCUCAUCCUCCCUUUUCCCAGCAGCCAGUCCUUGAGCCACCACAACUCCAUCAGAAUGAGGGUCUGGCAGAGAGUGGCCCAGAGGGUUCUGCCUCCCCCACGUCCUGUCACAGGUUGCACGACCAUGCUUUUGAUUUUAGUAGGACUCGGAACAUUCAAGAUGGUAGUGAGGGCACAUGAACCUCACUCCAGGCUGAAAUCUGGGCCAAGACUCCAGUUAAUUCAUUUUGUAUUUACUACCUCAGAGUUCAGAAGAAACCCCAAAGUCAGCAUUUGCUUUACCCUGUCUGCAAUUACAUCUGACCCCACCGAGGUGGGCCAGGCAUUUGUUUGGGCUUAUUCCUGAGGAAGAAGGGGAAACGGCUGACAGAAAUGGGUACAUCUAAUAAAACAUGUGCAACACAGGCAGAGGAAAACAUAGGACAAAUGUGCUUGCUGAUGGUUCCAUGGGGUUGUGCCCGGCUGUGCAUUGCCUUUUAGGGAGAGCCUCAUUGCUGCUUAACAUGCUGGAUUGUCUCAACCUGCAGAAUGAUUCUGAGAAAACAUCACUGUUCUGUUGUGUCUUCCAAGGAACAGAAAUAACUUUGGAGCCCUCUGGGAAGUGUGUCCGGGAUUCUUCAGUGGUUUUAAGCAUCUAGUUGAGACCGAGGCUUUGAUAUUCAAGGUCUUUGACAAGAAUCCCAGACUUGACCAACUGUUACCACAUCAAGGGGUGUUGUAUUCUUGUGAAUCUUUUUUUUUUUUUUUUUUGGUCCCUGCCACCCAGGGAUCUCGUUGUAAAUAUAUGUGCAUUUAUAAAUAAUUUUUGUAUUCAUUGACCAUAUGUGUUAGCUGCAUUGUAAAUAUUUUUGAUAUGCCAAAAUUAUAUAUAAUACCCAGUUAUAAUAUUGACAGCAGCUUCUCAGACCACAGAUUUUGUAUGACUUGGUUUAGUGAACCUAAAGACUUUGUUUAAAGUUUUAAAAAUGUGUUUGUUAAGACGUAUAUGUAUAGAGGCAGGGUACCUAGUGAUUGCAUACACACAAACACAAUCUUGGUAAAAUUAACCACUUUCUUCAUACAUCUGGUCAUUUGCCGUCUGUUUACAAGUGCCAGGUAAUAUUACCUUUCUAGCAUAAGAAGACUCAAAAGACUAGCAGUCUUGUCAUAGCCAUGUGCACAUAGACAAAAUUUCUUUGGGAAUGUCUUUCAGCAAAGUCCUUAGUUGAUGAGGAUACCAAAGAUGCUUCUUUUCUGUUUGUUUUUUUUUUUAUCUCUUCUACCAAGGCACAGUAUAUCUUGGGAAGAGUGCUUUUGGGAGUAAGUCGAAUGUGCACAAAUUCUUGUACUAUAAAGCUUUAGAGUGUUUUCCUUGUUUUAUACAAGUGAUUAUUUAAGCCAAAAAGUUCUCUUGAAUUUUUGAUAGCAGAAAGCUUUAUAUGAACAAAGAACUUCUAAUGGAAUGUAAUGGACUAAAGUUCUUCUUUUCUUUGUUCUUUCAGAUUUCCUUACUUAGGCUGUCAGAUUCUGUCCUCUCAAUCUAGUGAGUACUAGUUACGUGCUGGAUAACUUCCAUCACUUAAAUGAAAAUAUCUAUUUCUAAGUUAUUGUGCAUUUCAAGGCUUCUAAACUCACGUAAUGUCUUCGCUUUUUGCCAGAAAGUUGAAUUGCAUACUAGUUCUCAAUCCCAGUUUUUUUCUCCCAUAGGCAGUGGCGUCUCUUUAGCGGUUUUGUACCACCAGGCUUUUUCUCUCCUUUCUUUUUCGAACUGUCAGCCUCUGUUCAUUUUUACUUCGAACUUCUUAAAUAUCACUAUUUUCCCAUCCUUUCAGUUUGUGAUUCCUCUUCUUCCUUACUAGGUUCUACUGUUACCUGUACAGGGCUGACGUAGAAUCGGGAGACCUGAUUUUGUUCCUAGCUCUGCUCCUUACUGGCUGGCUGUGCAGUCAGGGGCAAGUGUCUACUUCUCAGCCUGAUUUUCUCAUUUAUGAAAUGAGGGAAUUCUACUAGAUGCUCUAAAGCCCUUUCCAGCUGUAAUGUUCUGUGAAUCCUCCAGGAACCAAGGAGGAUUCUGCUCCUCUAAUAAAAAGCUGCUUUCACGAAAUGUUUGUUAGAGUAACAAGAGUGAUGCUGCUUACUCUGACUUGAGCCAGAUUCACUUCCUCCAUAGCAGGAGGGACAGUGUAAGAAAUAUUCUCGAGGAGAAGAGCUAUUCUGCUUUGAAACCAUCUCAGUGAACGACGAGUGUUGACUCGAUGGAAGCCACUGAUGGCUCUCUAGAGCAGCGGCUCUGAAUGCUAGUGCUGCCGCACGCCAGAGCAUCAGAAUCAGGUGAGGGGUGCCCUGCAGCUAAUCUGUAGCUGGUUUGUGACUCCCUUACCUUUCAAAUGGCUUCAUUCGUACAGGUAAUCCUGUUACUAUCCUGUACUCCCACUCAAAUGCUGACAGACUUUUCUUGAGUGAAGGUGUAGUUAGAAUGAGGCUGCAGGUGAGCAUCGGCUGUUAGGGUGACAGAACCGAAAACCAGGCUGCGAACCAGUGUCCUAGAAAACUUACAAUACAGGAGUGCUGCCUCUGCCCUAGCAGUGGUCCUAUUCCUCCUACGACUGUCAGAGUCUGGUCUCCUGAAUGGCCGGGGUCUCCCUCAUGUCAACACCAAUGGCUGAGAUGCCUUCCCAGAUACUUCUAGCUUGCUGAAGUAACUAAAGAACUAGUCAAGAAUUUGUUUAAAUGUCAAGAGCCUACCCCUGGUUUUAAAAAUAAUAAUUUAAUAAAUUCUAAUCUUAGAACGACUUGGCUGAAAUUUUUCAUUAUUGCAUAUGUUUUUCACCAAGCAGUGAUUUGUCCCUCUACUGUAAACAGGGUUAGUGGCUCAUCAGUGUGUCUUCCCCGCAGUGUGAUGUCUGCCUAAUGCCUCUUUAAUCAGGGAUGUUGUAAAGCAAGGCAAACUAAAAUGCUGAGGGGGAUGUGUCUGCCCCUCACCCAGUUAUCUCCUUGUAUCAGUAGGGAUACAUAGAUUCUCUUAAGUUAUGCCCCCCUUAGCCCGAUUCUUCAAGUCUACCUGGAAGAAGAAAUAGCAUCUUCCUUUAACUCCACACCCUACUGGCACAUGGUCUCUACAUAAGCCAUUGGCUUUCUGUCAUUCAGCCGCUUCUAAAGUGCUCUCCCUAGUUGUGCAAGUUACUCUAUGGGAUACAAAGUACCAGAAACCCUCUAAUGUGCCAUCUCAGAGUGUUUUGUGUGUAUUUUUCUGAAACUUAACUUUCAUAUUUAAAAAUAGUUGUCUUCACACUGCCCAUUGGGGGGUUGUAAAAGCAACAUUAAGAUGUCUGGCAACUUAGACUCUUGCCCAUUUUCCUAAGAGAUGGGAGAUAGAAUAAGAGUAAUUACUUAAAGUGUCACCAUGAAUUAGGAUUAAAUUCACUCUUUUUAUUCCUGAGGACAGGGGUCAUGUCUGCCCCAUUCUGUGGGGCAGAACUUAAUAGGGAGGGGCAGUAUACACUUGCUAGUAAUUCUAUGUAAACUAAUUAUCUAACGAUUAGGUUUGUCCAAUAAUUGGAAUAAUCCAUGUUUUGUGGGAAAAGUACACGUGGAAGCUAAAUAAUCAUCUGUUAAUAGCACUGAAGAAAUUUCUGCAUUGAGAAUGGAAUAUGGGCAAGAUGACUUUUAGGUCUCUCUCAGUUUUAUCGUUGGAAAUUUCCAGAAGCAAUCUGACAGACUUAAAACUUUCCCCUUCAAAAUCCUUUAUAUACAGUAAGUAUAGAGCACUUAAAUUUUUUUUAGCUCAAAAGUUUUGGUUUUUGGUUGACAAAAGGAGCCUGUUCUGUGUUAGUGGCUAAAAACAUGAAAGUCUGGGCUUACACUUCUGAAGAAAUCUAUAACUAGUUACUAAAACAAAUGGCAUUACCAUAAUAAAAACUUUAAGAGUCUAUAGAAUGUAUUAUGACCCUCCUUUUUACUCAUUUUUAUGCUUGUUUCUUCUUACCAGGCAGGACUUAGUUGGAAUGGGGUUGGAAUUGUGUUUAGCUUUAUACCCAGUAUUUUACCCAAGUGCGUUAUAGCCUUUUCCAAUCAUUUUAAUAUCCACAGAAAUACCAGGAGAUAAUGGAGCAACAGAGGUAAAUUUACUGCCAUUUUAAAUGCUGUGUGCUCCAUUUCUGAGUUUGCUUCUUCAUGUAGAUUACAGAGGUAAUUGUGAAGCAGUUGGGCCUUACGAGGUUGAGCUGAGAUUUUUGGCAUCCUGCGAGGAAUGUUUCAUUCUUCUAUGACGUGGCCUCUUUCCCAGUUCAGUCUGGCAGAUGUUUUUCCCUCCUGCUUCUAACUUAAAACUUUUAGAGUACAGUCUCAACCAACAUCAGUUAGCCUUAAUUUUUUUUUUUCUUUUUUGGACAACUGCCUGGUUUGUUGACAAAAAUAACAAGUUCUGAAUUAAGAGAUAUAUUACAAGCUGCUCUUUACAAAACAACACCUGCAAGCCCAUGAAUCAUCUGAAGAUUUUGUGGGUAAUAAGAGGUAGGGACGUGUGUGUGUGUCUGUGUGCACAUGUGUGCAUGCGUUGGUGUGUGUGUGUGUCAAGAGUAAUAUUUGGACCUGCUCCCUUAAGGUUGUUUGUUGAGUGUUUCUUAGCAGCCCUAAUAAUCUCCACCGAUGAGUGGGGUGGGGUGAAAAAACAACUUGAUUUGAGCCUGUUUUUAGAUAAAAAGUAAAGUGAUCUUUUAUCAACUAUAACUGUUUUGAAAGAGAAAUUGAUCAUCAGGUGGUCAAGUGCUCUUGGAGUAUCUCUUGGCUACUUAAAGUGGCCUCUUGAUCGAUAAGACUAUUUCUACCCUCUUCUGUUCCCCCUUUUUCCCAUCAGAGGAUGUCAGUCUGAGCAGCCCUGGUACUAGAUGUACCAAAAGAGAGUUAUAAGCCAAGUUGUUCAGUGUGGUCCUUUCCUAGUAUCUAUUUAUAUUUUCUCACACAUGAGAAUGUAUAUUUUAUAAGGCAUGUGUUUGUCUACCUGUUUGUCUACUGUAAUAUGUCUCCAAUAAAGCUAAAAUACAUUAUGA